AUGCUGAAAUCUACGCAUAGGCCAACAGCGCCCGCUCCCUUGCCGGGAGGAUGGACAGAGCAUAAAGCUCCCACCGGUCACACCUACUACUACAAUACUGCCACGAAACAAUCCACAUAUACACGACCCAUUGCGCCUCCUGCUGGUCCCAUUGCACCAUCGCCGCCGGCUGUGUCAGAUCCGUCCCAGAGUUUCUUACAAUAUCAAGCUAUCAGAGGGCCGAUACCAAGUGCUGGAACGGCUUCUACCAACCUCGCUCUGCCAGAUCAAUUUCAAGGCGAGCAAAGAAAGUUCCAGGGGCAAGGCCAAAGAGAUGGUAGAGGGGGGCAUGACCGGCCAAGGGGGUCUAGACCGCAACCCGUGGAUAAACCAACAUCUAGGUACCCCAUCCUUGGGCACGAACCUUGGGUUUUGGUGCACACUAAAUAUGGGCGCCGUUUUGUCUAUAAUACGGAAAAGAACCAAAGUUAUUGGCGGAUACCUGAAAAGUUGAAGGAUGGGAUAUUAGCGCUGGACCAGUCUAGGAUAAAGGAGAAGGCUGAGGCUCUGCUCAAAGGUAGCGAAACCAAUGGAACAACAAAUGACCCUGGAGCAGCUGCAAGACCUACCUUAUUCACCAACCAACCCGGCCAGGGCGGUAGCGAUGAGAGAGAUGAUGACAGUUCGGAAUACGAGGAAGUCGAGGUUACAGAUGAUGAAGAUGAAGAUAUGGAUGGGGAAAAUACGACGAAACGGCAGCGGACAGAUGAUGCUACUGAGGAGCCAGUUGAGUUUAACGAGGACGAUAUUGCCUUUCAAUUAGCUGCUAUGGGCCAGGAAUAUGGCCUGGAUCCCGGGGAAUAUGACGAUGGGGGUAUGGAGGAAUGGAAUGACAAUGCCGAGGUCAUGGAAAUGAAGUAUGAGGAUUCAGCUGCCUUGUUCAAAGAUCUGUUAAAUGAUUGCGGGAUAAACCCCUACAGUCCUUGGGAGAAGCUGGUUGAGGAGGGCAAGUUGGUGGAUGAUAUUCGGUACACCGCUCUCCCCAACAUGAAGGCUAGAAGAGAGGUGUGGGAAGAAUGGUCACGAUUACAAAUCAAACAGCUUCGGGAACUUCGCGCCAGAGAGGAGAAGAAGGAUCCCAGAAUCUCAUAUCUAGCAUUUCUUCAAAAUCAUGCCAACCCGAAACUGUAUUGGCCGGAAUUCAAACGGAAAUACAAGAGGGAACCCGAAAUGCGUGAUCCGUCGUUGUCAGAUAGGGACCGUGAAAAGUUCUAUAGAGAUCAUAUCUGUCGUCUCAAGCUUCCUCAGUCGACUUUGAAAUCCGACUUGUUAGACCUACUGAAAUCUCAACCCUCGUCAACUCUGAACAACACGACACUAGCCUCGAACCUACCGCCCUCGGUGAUUGCCGAUAUCAACUACAUCUCAAUCGAUCCAUCCACCAGAGAUCCCCUCAUCGAAACAUACCUCACGACUCUUCCUCCGCCACCUGAGUUUGCCUUUGAACAAGAAGAUGUGGAGGCAGCAAAAGAGAGAAAGGAUAAAGAAGGACGGCAAAAGGCAUUGGAAGACAGAGAAAGACGUGUUGCAGAACAGAAACGACGCCAGAAAAGAGAUUUGGAGCUCGGAAAAGGCAGGUUGCGAGAUGAGGAAGCAGAGCUUGCAAGAGCGAUGAAUGUCACGAAAAAAGGGUUGAAAGACCACCUGAUGGCCGAAGAUGGUGCUGGGAACCCUGCUUAA